AUGGAAACACUCACCUCCUCACACGAGUGCAACAGCUGCCUCAAAAAAUCCAAAACUAUCGCUGAGCUGGAACGACGUAUUUCCAGCCUCCACUGGAUCCGCAACGAGGAGUCACUCCUGGACUCGAUGUUGACGCUGGGUGCGGGCCUCCCUGUGAACCCAGCCGAGCUGGACUCCACCAUCCCGGCAGCCGCUGCUCCGCAGGCUCCACCGGCCCCAGCGAGCGCUGCUGCUGCCUCUGGCUCCCCACCUUCCACCGCGGAGGCUCCUGCUGAGCCGGCUCAUCCUCAACCCGGGGAACCUUGGCUGACUCAGGGGGCAAGGCCAAAGCGAGUGCCGGCUCCCGCACUGGACUUCACUCCUCACCCGAGGUUCAACAUUCGGAGUUCCACCCCACGGUCAACAGCGGCUGCAAAGAGGAGGACCAGCCUGAAACCACUGAAAUCCCACUUCGAUCUCCAGCUGUCCUCGAGGUACGAUGUACUCAGUGUUGCGGAUUUUCCUCCGCUGCCAGGAAGGCCGGAUCCGGGCCCAGCUGAUGUCGGACGAAGCGCAGCCUCACCUCCGUCUUCUGCUGGGAACGAGGAGGUGAACGGAGGUAUGCACACGGGGCCUCGGCGCCCCCCUCCUCCCCCCCGUCAUGCAUACUCCCCGACCCGGUGCAAACCGUUCAGGGAACCUCUGCAAAGGCACUCCGCUGGGAACAGAGGUUCUCCGGCCCCCACUUGCGCACCACCGCCACCGCCGCGUCCUCGCCCACUGUUCCCGCCGACCACGGCAAUCAUCGGAGACUCCAUCGUGAGGCACGUCCGUUUUUUUAACGCAGUAACCCACUGCUUCCCAGGCGCCACUGUCCCAACUCUCCUCCAUAAACUCCCGGAGCUGCUGGGCUCACUCCCAUCCUCCAUCACGAGGCUGGUUUUACACCUGGGUUUUAACGACACUUCCUCCCGUCAGUCUGAAGUGACCAAGGACUAUUUUAAGAAACUUUUUAAGGUUCUCACCGACUGCGGUAAGUCUGUUUUUAUCUCGGGGCCCCUCCCCUCCUUCGACCAUGGCAUGGGGCGCUUCAGCAGACUCCUCAGCCUGAACACCUGGCUCCAUUCCGCCUGCCCUUGCGGGUUCAGUUUUAUCGACAAUUUUAACUUGUUUUGGAACCGAUCCCCGUUCUAUAGGGCUGACGGAGUCCACCCCUCUCGCCUGGGCAGCAGGGUGCUCGGCGACAACAUUCGACAUGCUGUCCAGUCCACAUACACACCUACACACACACCCACACACACACCUGACACACACACGUGACUGAUUUCCCCCUCUUCCUCUGUGUCACUGUCCCAAGCCACUACCGCCGCCACCAGCCCCCCCUACCGCCCACCCCCAGUACUACACCAUACCACUGCCACUUCUCCUCCAAUCUCAUCCUCUGCCUGCAUACAGUCAGUUUCACCAACACCUCACUUACAGUUCACCCCCAUAUCCUGCAUCCCAGUCAGAAUCUCACACCGAGCCCACAGAACAUUCCCUUCACGGACCAUCAACUUAACUCCAGUCACAUUGGCUCCCAUUUCACCACUGCCUGA